AUUCAAAAUAUGCAAUUUCUAAGCACCUGUGUAUAAUCCAUCACACCAUGCCAGAGUAUAAAAUCUUUUCUCCUCAUUCAAUCCCCCAACAAUACCAAAUGAAAAUAUACACUUGAGAGAGAGAGAGAGAGAGAGAGAGAGAGAAUGGCUUCCAAUCCCAACCUAAGAAGCCCCAAGAAAGAGGAGGAUGAGGUGGUGCCGGAGGACGUGGAAUUGCCGUCGGCGACAGCGAGGAAUGCCAGUGGCGAGAUCGAUAUUAUGGAUGAACUGGAGGACAUUUUGGGAAUUGGAAAAGAAGAGAAGAAGGAAGAGAGCAUGUUUGGAAAUAUGGAGUGGGAUUUCAUGGCACUUGAAGUAGAAGAAGAAGAAGAAGAGAAUAAGAUGAAGGUAGAAGAAUGCUUUGAGGAAUGUGAGAAUGAUUUCAGUGUUGUUGUGAAAAGAGAAAAUCAAGGAUUUUGGGAAGAGGAGAAGACCAUAUCUUUGAAUUUGAAUUAUCAGGACGUUUUGGAUGCAUGGUCUGAUGGACGGUCACCAUGGGCUGAUGACUAUUCACUUUCGAUGGCCAGUGAUGCUUUUGUGGGAGAAGUGCCAGUAAUGGAAGAAGAGAAGAAUAGAAGAGAAGCACGGGUGCUUAGAUAUAAAGAGAAGCGUCAAAGUAGGCUUUUCUCUAAGAAGAUAAGAUACCAAGUUCGAAAACUCAAUGCAGAGAAAAGACCUCGACUCAAGGUUUUUAUGACCUAAUCAACAGGUUGGAUGUCAAAUAAACAUUACUGUGGGCCCUAGGAGGCUUUUAAUGGUGGACAUUCAAUCACUACUGUAUUUCUGUGGUGUGGUCCACCUGAGAUUUUGAUCUGCCUAAUUUUUGGGAUGAAGACAUAAAAUGAUCUGUAAAAAUGGAUAGACGGUACGGAUAAAAGACAUACAUAAUGGGUGGGGCCCACAGAGCACCGACCAUAGCCAAAUCCCAUCCCACUCCAGUCCACAAUGAAGAAUAUAUGUUGAUGUUUGUCUUACAGGAUCUCCUUUAUCUUCUCUCUCUCUCUUAGUUUAAUUGAAAUUAUUUGUG